UAAGUGUCGCAAAUAGGGCCCACGUUCGUAAUAUGGCCCACCGCAAUAUUUUUUGAAUGAAACAAAGUAGGCACUCAAUUGCCAGUUCAAAUUAUACACAUUCAAACCGGUUUUGCUUCAUUGUAUGUCGGUGACAAUAGCUGAUCAGCGGUGCAAGAUACAACAAGUUGUAAUUUUUGUUCGUGUUUGAUGUAAAUUUUGGGUGAGUUUACUUAAGGAUUUUUAAAUUAAAAUUUGCUGAAAUUGAAAAAUUUUUUUGGUAAUAUAUGUGUGGUUAUAUUUUAUGUUAUGAAAUGUGAAGUUAAAAUUUUGAUUGAAGUUAAUUUAGUAUGGUUAAAAUAAAAAAAAGUGAAAAAAUCACAGUGUUGAUAAUAUGGCCCACCCCAGGUGUAUCAAAUAUGGACCAGUGGGCCAUAUUUGAUACAUGAAUUUAACUGAGCCUUAAUGUUUUUUUUUUUUGUUUUUGUUUUAAAGAAUCAUGGCUUCAAGUUCUAAGAAACCCACAAAACAACGACAAACUUGGCUGAAAGAAGAUAUGAUUAAAGCAAUCUCUGCAUAUAAAGACAAAAAAAUGGGUUUCUUAAAAGCGUCAAAGGAAUUCAACGUGCCUAAAACAACUUUACGGCGUUUGGUAGCAGAGGAUAAUAAACCUUUAGAUAAAGUGGUGAGUGCAAAACUAGGAAGAAAACCCAUCUUUCCGCUAGAACUCGAAGAGUCUUUGGUUGAUUAUACUCUACAAAUGGAAGGAAAACUCUUUGGACUUACUCGCAAUGACAUAAAAUCAUUAGCAUUUCAACUGGCACUAAAAAACAAUAUACCAAACCCGUUUUCAUUGGUAAACGAAGUUGCAGGUAGGUCCUGGUUGCGGUUAUUCCUUAAGCGUCAUCCGUUGUUGUCGUUCCGGCAGCCGACUGGGACGUCUUUUGCUCGAGCUAGUGGAUUUUCAAAAGAAAACGUUGACAUAUUUUUCAACCACCUUGAAAAACUAAUGGUGACGUACCGUUUCUCUCCUGACAAAAUAUUUAACGUGGAUGAAACAGGAAUUUCAGUUGUUCCAUCCAAAAUGCCGAAAGUGUUGGCACUCAAAGGUCGAAGACAGAUAGGAGCACUAACAUCAGGUGAAAGAGGCUCGUUGAUAACCGCAAUUUUGUGCAUGAGUGCUGGGGGAUCGUUUGUACCACCAAUGUUUAUUUUCCCUAGGAAAAGGGACAAUCCAAUUCUAAUGAAAGGUGCACCGCCAGGUUCCAUUUACGCUAAUCAUCCAUCCGGAUGGGUUCAAACGAAUUUGUUCACGAAAUGGUUCAAGCAUUUCUUUGAUAAGGUGAAGCCAUCGGCAUCUUCACCUGUGCUUUUAAUAAUGGACGGACAUGCAAGUCACACAAGGAAUAUUGAACUUGUGGACUUGGCUAGGAAUAAUCACGUCCACAUUCUUUCCAUCCCUCCGCACUCAAGUCACAAAAUUCAACCGUUAGACAAGACAUUUAUGGGGCCCCUCAAAAAAUAUUUAACAGAAGAAAUUAGACGCUGGGUAAUCAACAACGCAAGGGCUUUGACGCAUUUCGAUAUAAUUGAGUUAUUCGGGCGGGCCUACUUAAAAACUCAAGCAGGAGACAUCGCGGUGAAUGGAUUUGCUUCGACUGGCAUAUGUCCAUUUGAUAAGCAUAUCUUCAAGGACCACGAUUUUUUGGCCGCAGAAGAGGUUGAUGGAACCAACUUAGAAAAUCCUGGUCAGUUGAAUGUGCCUCCUAGUCCUCACGAGAUUAUGCAGACGGAACCAGAUCCAGAUGAACCUUCCACUUCUAGGGGAAUAAGGUCAAUUGCUGAAGUUUUGGAAUCCAAUUCUAAACCAGUAGAAACAGAACUUCACUUUUCGGAACCUUCUUCUUUCAUAACACCCCAUGAAAUUUCUCCAAUUCCCAUCCGGACUAAGAAAAUAUCAAAUCGUGGAAGAAAACGAGGGAAAUCUGAAAUUAUUUCAUCUUCCCCUUAUAAGCUUCUUUUGGAAGAAUCGAUGAAAAAAAAAGGUGAACCAAAAUUAAAGAAGCCAAAGGCAGAAAGAGAAAGAAAAACUAAGCUUUGUUUAGAUAAGAAGAAGGUUCUAAAGAAUUUAAAGCUAAGAGAAAAGAAGAUCAAUCGUAAAGAAGUAUCGUCUUCAUCAGAAAGUGAGGAAGAUUUCGUUCCAGACGAAUCAUCAGAUGCGAGUCCUGAUAGAAGCAACCAGGAAGAUGCCAAAUGCAUUUACUGUUGUAGUUUGUUUUCGGAUGAUAAGGGAGGAGAGGAAUGGGUGCAAUGCGUCGUAUGCACAAUUUGGGCCCAUGAAGACUGCUCGGGCAAUGAAAAUAAAUAUUUUAUAUGUGAAUUUUGUAGCAAUUAGGCUAUAACAUAUUUGAAAACCAUUGUUUCAAAUAUGGCCCACCCUGGUCCAUAUUUGAAACCAAGUGGGCCAUAUUAGGAGCCUUUUUUUAAAAAUUGCGAAAUGAAGUGGAUUUAAUUUUUUCUCAAUAUCUUUUUUGUAUUUAUUUAUUUAUGUUUUAAACUUGUAAAGACUGAACUAAAAAUAAUUUGUAAUACUAAAAAAAAUAUAUAUAUAUGAAUUCGAGUUAAAUUUGUCGUUUUAU